AUUUCUUAUUAUUCCAAAGAUGUUUUGAUUCCAUUCUAUUCCUGAAGCCAAGCAUAUAAAUACUGCGGAGGAAUGACUGUUCUUCAGUAAGUGCCCGCUUUGAGUCCAUCAUGAAAUCGCAGAUUUUGGUGUUUUUCGCUGUGUACGCCAUUCACUCCUUGGUAGAAGGUUCCGGAAGUGGAGUCGACAUCACGGUUUCCGAUGUACCAGCGAUCACUUCUCGAAUGAGCUUGAUUGAUUCGCCAGUAGCUUGCAAUCAGAGGGUGAGGGUCAGGCCAGGAUUUUCGUAUUCCUUCAACAGUCCAGCGGGUCAACUUGGAACAACUUCGAGGUGCGUUUGGAAGUUCGUCAUACCCGCCAACUCGGAAUCGGUCCUUACAUGUGACCGCUAUCAAGUCCCAUGCUCUUGGAGGCACCUGUUCAAAAUAGGUGGAACCAAUUUUUGCACCGCGAGCACGGGGGUGUUCACGAACUACGGCUUCACAAUCAGCAAUUCGCGGCGACUCACUUUACCAGUGGUGUUCAGGAUCCAUAGAAGGGCCUCAGAUAUUGGGGAAGGUGUCCAAGGCUGUCGUGUUUACCUGGUUGAGCCAACUUCCACAUCUACCACCACCACUCCAAGCCCAACCACUCCAAGCCCAACCACCCCAACCACGGUAGCAUCUUCAUCUACCAAUCAACCGCAAUCCCAAUGUGGAAGGAGCUCUACGAACAGAAUAGUGGGAGGAAAUGUGGCCACGCCCAACGACUAUCCUUGGAUUGCAUUUAUCUAUACACAGCGAGUGGUCGAUGGUCAGACCCAAGGCUACGUCUGCGGCGGCACUAUCCUCAAUAACAACUGGUUGGUGACCGCGGCCCAUUGUGUUCAGGGUGCCGCGUCGGUGAGUGUGAGGAUGGGUUGUCACGACUACGACGUAUGCGAGGCUGUGAUAGCUGCGAGUUCGUUUUUAAUCCAUCCCAACUACAACACCCAGAACUUAGAUAGUGACAUUGCUUUGAUUCAGUUGGUCUCUCCGGUGACAUUUAGCACGAACAUCCAACCUGCUUGCCUCCCAGCCUCGGAUUUGCCGGAUAAUACGGAAAUCACCGUGGCCGGAUGGGGCUUGACCUCCACUGUCCCGAAUGCUACAAUUUCUAGCGUGCUCAAGGAAGGCACAAUGUAUUCCAAACCCGCCAGUGUGUGUAUCAGUCACUACGGCCCCACUUUCAAUAGCAACACUCAGAUUUGUGGAGAAGAUAUUGGGAUCAAUGCCAAUGCCAAUAUUUGCAGUGGCGAUUCUGGAACGUCAAUGGGCACUUAUUUGAAUCAACAAUUUCAAUUGGAUGGGGUCAAUUCGUUCGUGAGCUCUGCAGGAUGUGACGCUGGUCCCCAAGGAUUUGUGCGUGUGUACGCGUUUGUCCCGUGGAUCCUAAACAAUAUUCAACCAUAAAUUAUUUCCAUGGAAACCCGGUUACAGUCUACAUAUACAGCACUUAUAGAGGUCCUUGCACCCGGAAAAUCAGGAAUGAUUCGACUUAUGACUAAUUAGCUUCACCUUUUUGUGACUAUCUUCAACCAUCUACAGACGUCUUUGGUAUUU